AGGCAUCUAACAGUGCUGAAGUAAACCAAGAUAUAAACACCCAGACAAGUUGUUCUACUAACAACACUUCUUUUAACUGGGCCAACAUUACAGAAAAAGAACUACAAGGCAGUAAAAUAUGGGAAGAUAUCCUCUCAGAACAAACAAAAGCUUGCUCUACAACAACUGAAGAAACAAACAAUACAUGUCAAAACAACAAUGAUACAGCUAAUGAACACGUGUUUAACCAAAACAGUCAAUCAGGGGACAACAAUCAGGAUACUGAUCCAUUGCCCCAGACCACCAAGACUAAGAUCCUGCCCCCUGGGCCAAUGCC